UCAUUCCAGAUAGAAGAGGUUUAUGUUUUGAGUCGCGAGCAUUUUUCCAAUUUGACGAUUUUAAGGAUUAGCGUUUACAACAAAUAGUGAGAUUUCAUGUCACUCCUUUUCGGUAGAGCUUCUCGGAACAAACGACUCCAUCGUGGUUGGUGUUCAGACUCGGUUUGAUGUGUUUAUAAACGCGUUUCAGUACAUAGCACCAGUGUCCCACUGCGCAUAAAAUAUACAUAGGGACAAGCUUGGCAUGGUAUACGGAACGUGUCCAAGUGGAAUGGAUUCUAGCAACAUCUCAUCCCGCGCAAUUUCGUCGUUCCGAACGUUCCGUGUUUCGGCAAUGGAUGCAGAGUGUGUGUGUGCAUGAGUGAGUAUGUGUCGUACGAAGACGUUCCGCAGUCGCGUUUUGCUUGAAUGUCAGUUUUAUGCAAAAUAAAAUGGGAAGAUCGAAGUUUCCCGGCAAACCUUCAAAACUAGUGAAUAAAAAACGUGUUAGUGUUCUACAGGGAGGUGAAAAUAGUGAUUUACAUGAUUUUAGUGAAGAGAAUUCUGAAUAUUUACUUGGCGAUCAAGUUUCAUUCGGGAAUAGUCGAAACGAAACAACAACAUUUGGUCAUGAUGGCGCUGUUCAGGCGACAUCGGUGCCCCAAUCGCGUGAAAAGCCCCCUUCAUCAGAACCCCCCGAUGGCGGUGGAGAUGGCGGGAGACGUUUUCAAUCCGUGAUAAAAAUCGACAAACCCUUUAAUUCCGGAAUUUCAACAAGAUCAAGUUUAUCGUCUAUAAACGUUGCGGAUGCCAGUGAUUUGACAACCGGAAAUACUACUAAAGGCAAAUCCGAUCCGGAUAAACCUAAGAAGAAAACCGUUACGUUCAAAACAAUUCUCGAAACCAGUGAUGAUGCCAGUGCUGUGAAGAAAGUGUAUAAUCCAGAUAACCAUACACCGCUCGUCCCAAUAAUCAAGAAAGAGUGUUUAAGUCGAUUUGUGCGCUUAGCCAGGAGUGAUUGUAUAGUGCGACCAUCACGUCUUACAGAUAUAUUAAAAAAUAAUGCAAAUAAUAUUGAUAAAUUGAAUGCCUUGUCAUUUAAAAUCACAACUGCGAAUACUACUAUACCAGCAACUACAAUUACGGAUACAGCUCCUUCGUGUACAUCAUUGAAAGUGAAGCAAACUGAAACAAAUACAGUGCCAUGUUUAUCAACAUUAACAUCAUCUUCGGUGACAUCACUUAAUAAUGAAACAGAUUCUAUUGAAUCGAAAAAAUCAGACAAAUCACAUCACGACGCUCUGGUUGUCGGGGAUAAACGGUUUAUAUUACCGAAAAGAAGCGUUCACUCCUGCCGUGUGAUAAAACCUAAUAAACGAUUUCUCGAUGACAUGGACACAACUGUGAAAAAUAUAAAGAAGACAAAUAUCUCCGGAAAUAAUAGCAAGAAAGUAACAAAUAAGCAAACACAAGAGGAAGAAAAUGUAGAUGGGGAUUCGAAAUGUCAGAAACAGAAUCGUUCCAUUGAGAUUGUUCGUUAUCAAGGAGGCAGUUUUCUAAAUACAACACCACCACUUCAAACCAGCAGCAGUAGCAACAAGUUGCCGGUAGCAGAAAAUAAUAGUAUCGGUGCUUCACAUCCCAAACUUGCAGAAACAAUCCGGCCAGACGAUUCCUUACCAGACUGUUCUCAACCUGAAGGGGAGUAUGCUAUUAAAAACAACCUUUUCGCAUUCUCGACAUCUAAAAAUUUUGGAAGCCUAUUCUGUGCAUCGAAAUCGAUACUUCGGCAACCGCGCUUACAAUUCGAUUUGCGAACUUCCACGCCAUCAUUCAUUACUACUCCCUGCGCAAACAGCUCGUUCGGUUUAAGACAGAAGAAAGCCAUUGACAACUGUUCUACUACCUUAGGAGUGUCCAGUAUUUGUGGUGUUUGUGGAAGUCUCCAUACCAGCGUUCAAAAAACCCCAACUUUUGACAUAUUCGCCUGUGAAGCUUGCCGCAAAUUUAUAACGAAAACAAUUAAAAGAAUUGUAAAUUCUUCAAACGGCGACUCGCAGACAAAUACAUUGCAAUGUUCUUCAGGCAACGGUAGUUGCUCCAUCUCACCUGUGAUAGGCAAUAAAUAUAGAAAUAUCAAGAGAACUUUCAAAGAAAGAUGCCAUGCAUGCUGGCUUAAAAAAUGUUUGAAAACAUUUAAUAUAUCGUCUGGUGUAAGGAAACUUUUGACUGCAAGACUUCCUGCGUCGUUAUCGGAAAGUGAAAACUGCAUAAGUCCAUUUAGUAAUAGUAGCGUUGGCAGCAGUAAAGAAAAUCUUACAGCGUCAACGACUUCUGUGGACAAUAAAAGCAGUAGCAAUUUAUUUUCCAGUUCAUGCAGCAACCUAAUUAAUUGGUCAGAGAGUGUUGAAUGCAACAAUAUAGCCGCUCAGUUGCCAUCGAAUGCGUUAACAGAGAGUAACGCUACUUUUGGCGGUAGUCCGUUAAUCAAGCCUACAGUUUUAGAGAAGCGAGUUUUCUCAAUCAAUUCGAAUAUAAAUACUCCAAACAUUAAUGAGAGUGAUAAGAAAAAUGUGCUAGAUAGAACAAAAUCUGUGAUCAAUGUUAAUAAUGACCUUAAAUCGGUUUCUUCCGUUAACGAGGAAGAAAGUAACAAGAGUAAGCAGAAAAGGGUGCCUGUGGCAUCGCAAUUGGCUACUGCCUCAAAUGAGGCUCCAAAAAGGCAGCGAAUCGAUUUGAAAGGACCGCGAGUGAAACAUGUGUGUCGCAGUGCAUCGAUUGUUUUGGGACAGCCACUGGCAACGUUUGAAAAUGAAGAUGAAGCUCAGAGUCCUGAAGAUGAAAUGACGGAUGAAACGUUACAAGAACCUACUCCAACAUCUGUAACCGCAAAUGUCAAUGAAGCGGAUCUCUCGGAACACACAUCAAAUCUGAACGUUGAUGAUCUCACACUAAAUUGCACAAGUUGCACCAAGGUGGAGAUUUCAAAAGUGCCACUAAGUCCUCCAGCUAACGCGAGUGAGGAGGAAACUGUAGAGUCAUCGGACAUUAUGAAGAAAAGUGUAGUCGAUGUUCAGAAAUCACUAACAAGGAAAAUUUCAAGGAGCUUUAACAGCAGGAAGAAUUCACAAAAGGGAGCAAACAAACGUUCACCAGUAACUAUAUCAAUCGAUUUCUGGGAAAAUUAUGACCCUGCAGAAGUAAGCCAAACUGGUUUUGGUUUGAUACUGACAGAGUCAAUCUCUAUUCGUGCUCUCUGUUUUUUAUGCGGAAGCGCUGGCGUAGACCCUUUAAUAUUUUGUGCUUGUUGCUGCGAACCAUAUCAUCAGUAUUGUGUCGAAGAUGAAUAUAAUUUGAAACAUUCCUCACUCGAUGAUACCAUUACAAGUAUAUACGAUACUUCUUUGAGCGUUGGAACUAACUUGAAUGCCAUUACUAGUAAACUCAACUGGCUAUGUCCUCGAUGCACUGUAUGCUAUACCUGUAAUAUGUCUUCGGGAUCAAAGGUUAAAUGUCAGAAAUGCCAGAAAAAUUACCACACAACUUGCCUAGGAACGAGUAAACGAUUAUUGGGAGCCGAUCGGCCGCUAAUUUGCGCGAAUUGUCUGAAAUGUAAAAGCUGUGCCACCACAAAAGUCACCAAGUUUGUUGGAAAUCUGCCAUUAUGCUCGCAAUGUUUCAAGCUUCGAAAGAAAGGCAACUACUGCCCAAUUUGCCAAAAAUGCUACGAAGAUAAUGACUUUGAUUUAAAAAUGAUGGAAUGUGGAGAUUGUGAACGAUGGGUGCAUGCGAAGUGUGAAGGUCUUUCAGAUGAGCAGUACAAUAUGCUGAGUACUUUACCCGAAAAUAUCGAAUUCAUAUGUCGAAAAUGCUCGGAGACAAAUACGCAAUCUAAUAUCUGGCGAGAAGCCGUUGCUGGUGAAUUCAAAUCUGGGCUCUUAAGUGUUGUGAAACUGUUGAGUAAAAGUAGACAAGCUUGUGCUCUUCUAAAGCUUAGUCCCAGGAAAAAGACGUCUCCUUGCAUAUGUCAACCAAUACAAGCGAACCGCAAUAUUCAAUUUAGUAGUUCAAGUUGCGACUACAGAAGUUUCGAUGAAGAAUCUCAGAAUAGUGAUGAUAACGGUUUGGAAGAUGUCUAUGAAUUCAAAGAAUCGCCACCAGCUUCAGUGAAAAAAUGCUUUUGCGGAGCCACUGACAAACAGCUUCCCAAUGUCCCAUCCUUGAUCGACAUCAAACGUAAAAUCAACGCCUGUGAAUACGUAUCUGUAGCUGAGUUCAACUAUGAUAUGAUCAACGUGAUCUCAGCAGCCAAUUGUGAUGAACUGGUUAUAACGUACAAGGAAAUCCUGAGUGAAACUUUUCCCUGGUUUCAGAAUGAAACGAAAGCCUGUACGGAUCUUCUCGAAGAGGAUAUGUUCGAUUCGUGUAGUUUCACUCAAAAUUCAGAAGUUGAAUGUGAUCAACAAGUCCCAGUGAUCGAUCUUCCCGGAGACAUUGAAGAUUGCUUCUAUGGUUCAGUAGUAGGACAGGAUAGUCGAAGUUGCAUGCUGUGCAAAGGAGUUGGCGAGGGCAUAUCAGGUGAAGAGUCAAGGCUCAUAUAUUGCGGUCAAAAUUUUUGGGUACAUAUAAAUUGUGCAUUAUGGUCGGCGGAAGUUUUCGAAGAAAUUGAUGGAUCACUUCAGAAUGUACAUAGUGCUAUAUCAAGAGGACGACUUAUCAAAUGCACCCUGUGCGGGAAUAGGGGAGCAACCGUUGGAUGUAACGUGAAAAGUUGUGGUGAACACUUCCACUACCCUUGUGCUAGGAAAGCAGAAUGCUCAUUUCUUACUGAUAAAACUGUCUAUUGCCCCCAGCACGUCGAAGAAAGUUUGAAAAAGAAAAACGUAGAAAGUGAAAAACAUUUCAAUGUUCAACGACCUGUCUAUGUUGAGCUUGACCGAAAAAAGAAAAAAUUAAUUGAACCCAGCAAAGUACAAUUUCUCAUAGGAUCUCUAGUGGUAAAGAAACUAGGAAGCAUAUUUCCGAAGCUUUCGGACACAAACGAGUCUUUAAUUCCGAUUGAUUUUUCUUGUACACGGCUUUAUUGGUCGAUUAAAGAACCUUGGAAGAUAGUUGAAUAUACGGUAAAAACGUCUAUUCAAAAUGGAGCUCUCGCUUUUUCCACGGACUAUGGUCGAAAUUUUACUGUGGACCACUCAAAUAAUGUGAAUCUCGUGCAAAUAGGUCUAGCGCAAAUUGCUCGGUGGCAUAACAGUUUGAUCGUUAAUGAUGAGAAUGACAUGUUUCUCAGACAAGAGCGAUCAAUGAAGCAACUAUUAGAAGCGGUUAGUCAAAACUACAGUGCUGACGAUGCCACGGAAGAAGAACCUCAAAAUAAUGCUGAUUUGCUACCACCGGAAAUUAAGGAAGCUAUUUUCGAAGAUCUUCCACAUGAAUUGUUGGAUGGAAUUUCUAUGCUCGAUAUAUUUCCAAAACUAAUGAUCUAUGAAGAUAUGAUAAAUCUCGACUCAAAAGCUGAAACGCUUUUAUCGAACGAAUGUACAAAAGAUGGUACUAUGUCAGAAGAAGAUGGAAAUGAGCCUUUCCAAAAAGACGGCAAUGCUGCUGUAGAUUGGCCUGUCAAUUUAGGUUUCAAUCACGUCGAAGAUGCAAUGCUUUCAGCAGCGCGGCCUAUAUGCUCUAGUCGAGAGAUUAAAAGAAGCAAAUCGGAAGUAUUUCAGAGGAGUCUUGGGAGUAACAGAAGCCAACAAAGAUCAUCUAGCUUGACUUUUAACUGCAAAAUCGACGGAACGUCGGGAGCGAAGCGGAGAAAACUGUCGAAAGGAUUCCAGGAUAUAAGAAUUCCAGAGAGCGUAUUGCUUUCAAUUGGCAGGAGAAAAGAUGAGAUUCCAAUUCUAGAACGUCACAGAACAAUGCAGAGUGAAGAUAUUAAGACGAAGACGUUUAAUUGGAGCGCUGCGAAAAAGUAUUCUUCCUCAUCCUCUGCGGAAAUUAAUCAAGAGAGUACUGGGAAAGUACGUGAUGUUGGGGAAAAAUUGAAAAUUUCACAAUUAGAUGGCAUGGAUGAUCUGAUGAGCGAAAAUGAAAUGCUGGAUUUUCAUCAAGAUCAUAAUAUUUACGAACAAGGUUUAGUUGAUUGCCCUGUGAAAUGUGAUCGUUGCAAUUGCACGUAUCGAACACAGGAAUCUUAUCAAAGGCAUUUGGCAACUUGCGAGUCGCUAUCCACAAGCGAAAGUGAAUCGGAAUCUGCACGUUCGCCGCCUAUACAAUCCCAUCAUAUGCUUCUAACCAUGGAACCAGGGAAUAAAAUGAAUGGAAGUAUCCACCAGCAUCCACUUUCGUUAGUACAAAACCUGAACCAAUCCUCAUUAAAUGCCCAUGCGGUAUUAAAUCCGCUUCCUUGUAGUACGCCAACUUCGUUUCCAAUGCCUUGCAACAGUACAACGCAGAGUAUUCAUAUACAAAGUCUACAAAACACGAAUAUUCCCAUAACGCAAAUUAAUCAAGGAGUCUCUAAUAUUAUUCUGACCAAUACUCAACAGCAGCCACAGCAACAAUCGCAUCAAUUUUUCCCGUUGCAAUCCAUGAAUGGAUCAACGACUGUUCAAUUAUUACAGCAGAAAAACGAAGUGCCUACCGUAUCAAUGUCUACUGUACCUCUAUCAAGCGUACAAGCCAUGCAAAAUCCAUCGUCGCAAGUUUUCACCAUGCCUGCAUCUAAUGGUGGAACUCAACAAAUUGUCACCAUAGCUCCGCAACAGGCGACACUUAUUACCCAACCGGUAAGUGCGACAGCGAAUCCUAUAGUCUCAACGCUCCCUCAACCGAAGUUGUAUCGAGUACAAAAUGAAAAAAGUCCUCCAAAGUCAAAGCCGGUCCAAUUAUCACCUACAACGAAACUCAGACCAAAAGUUGCACAGAAUGUACCUUCAAAGCCCAUUCAAAUGAAGAAGGUAUUUCAAAGAACUGACAACAGGCCGAUUUCCAUAGUGAAUGAGAGUAUUCAAACGCCAGGCUUAAUACUACAGCCAAACACGAACACGCAACCUAUUAUUGUUCAACAAAUGAGCAACGGGCCACAUAAUAUAAUGUCAUACGUAACAGAUGGCCACAGCCAACCAGUACAGUAUUUAGCUGUCCCCUCAGCUACAGACUUCAAACCUCAGGCGCAUAACGCAUUCAUAACACCAGCAAACCCUUUGAUGCAAGGCGCAUUCAUUCAAACCGAUUCCAGUGGAAAUCUUCUGUUGACGAACGCUUCAGCAGGAUUACAAAUGCUGUCUGCAACUCCGUUGCAGAUUGCCCAACAAGCGCCACCUCAAGUUAUCGGCACUCUUAUACAGCCUCAAUCUGGAGCGGUACAGUGCGGGAUGAUGUCUGCAGAACAAAUGGUAUUGGGCCCAGCACCUGCGUUGGAAAUGGUGGCGAAUCCAACGAUGUUACUUGCAAGCCAGCCUGUAUAUUAUGGACUGGAGACGAUUGUGCAGAACACAGUAAUGUCAUCACAGCAAUUCGUCUCGACCGCUAUGCAAGGCGUGUUGAGUCAAAAUGCCAGCUUUUCCGCGACAACAACACAGGUUUUCCAAGCAAGUAAAAUUGAGCCGAUAAUGGAAAUGCCUAAUGGAUAUGUGGUUUUGAAUAAUGUGGAUGGAACAACAAUCAUGCAACAACCUGCCACUCAAUCUAACAUCAUAUCUGCCAACGUUUUACAGCAGCCACUAACCCAGCUACAAACACAAUCGCAACCAAUUCAAGCUCAAGUACAAGCGCAGCAGAUAGGCAGUCAAUCUAUUUACAAUAUUCAGCAGCAUCACAGUCAGCCGCAACAGACUUCUCAGUGUAUUGUCCCCCAACAGAUCCAAGCACCGAAAAUGAAUACUCUCUCUCCUGUAAAACCAACGGCAAAAUCAACACCAAUAGUUAUGACAAAAAUUCAACCGCAAAUAAUUAAUAAAGUGAUACCAAAUAUGUCUGUAACCAAUAAUCAAAUCGUGCAGGAUCAUACAGUCCCAGCAGCCAUCUCGACAGCUUCCACGGCUAACGUACCAACUGCAGAGAACAAUUCUGCUGGAAUGCAAUCAGCAAUCACAAACAAAAUGUCGAAAAUAAUGAAAACCGCGCCGCUUUCAGUAUCUCAACAGUAUGCUUUGAAACCUAAAAUUGCUCCUGUUUCCACGACAAAUUCUUCCGUGGUAAAUAUUCAACCUGUUCAAAGGAAAUUGAAUUUGAUUCGACCUUUAAAUAAACCUGCAUCAGUGACAAUAAAGCCGAAAAUUAUAGCUAAGACGGCCAAUCAAAAAGUGAACAAUCCAGUGAAAGCUACGAAUCAAAUUCCAACACUGAUAGCUCCAAAGCCAAGCUACACGAUCCAAAGGAAACCUGUCGCGAAUAACAGUAACAACGAUAAGAGCGUGCCUCGCCAAUUCAACAUUGCAUUGCUGGAUAAAAGUUUGUCAGAGCAGAAUCAAACCUCCCAGCCCGUCACGGUGGCAUUGGAGAAAGGAGUCGUUUCUGCAUCAUUCCAUACUCCUACUCCUGAAAGUAACGUUGUGACUAAUAAUUCUGUUUAUCAGCAACCAACUAAUGUUCAGUUUAAUCCGACGUGCACGGUGAAUCCAACUCAGCCUGUAACUUCGCAUUCAUCUAGUAUCCAGCUGCCUUGCGCCCCAUUCAAUUCUCCAUAUGGUAGCAUACCAACGAACAUUGUCAAUCCUAUUCAACAAACUGCGAACAACCAAUCCAACAAUAUAGUCUCCCGGCCAACGAAUAGGGUUUUACCAAUGCAAACUAUCCUACAGAAACCGAACUCACCAAAUUCUGUGCAGAAGAUUUCAGAAACAAAAACAGCGGUAAAAGAAGAAGAUUUGAAGAUUUCGAUAAUGAAUGUUUCCCCAACUAAGGUUGAUGGUUUGGAGAAAAGUGAAAGUAAUGUUACUGUGGAAACGCCAACACUUGCUGUGCCAGAGUUUACAGAGUUUGAGGAGCCGUCCCCCAAAAUCGAAGACAAACAAAUAGAGGAGAAAGAUAGUGAUAAGGAUAUGAUAGAUGACGAUUUCGAUAUGAAGACGAGUUGUGAUGACAUUACUGAUAAUGAUGAUAGAUCCGAAAGCACUUUACCUGAAGUCAAGGAGAAGAUAAGUAAAAUACUAGAGAAUCUAGACGAUGAAUGUAACAACCUGAACUUCAAUCAAAAGGAACAGAAUCUCGAUGAAAAAUAUCUUGUCGAUCAGAAAGAAAAUUUAGAUCCACAAAACAUUCAAGACAUGCCCAGAAUCGCAAUCCCUACUCAAAAAGCAGAACAAAUGAUGAUUUCAAAACCUACAGGCCCACAUGUGCUUUAUGAAAUUCAAAGUGAAGAUGGAUUUACAUAUAAAUCGACCUCAAUUACUGAAAUUUGGGAGAAAGUGUUUGAAGCAGUACAAAUUGCCCGUAAAGCUCAUGGACUUUUAACAUUGCCAGAAGGUCCUCUGACUGAUAUGUGUGGGAUACAAAUGUUGGGACUGAAAACCAAUGCCUUAAGAUACUUGAUUGAACAAUUGCCAGGCGCGGAGCGCUGUAGCAAGUACACCCCGAAAUAUCACAGAAAAGAAACAAGCAUCAGUGCAGAGUACUCUUCCGAUCAAGAGGAACUAAAGGAGAAUGACUUCGGCGCUGCUCGAUGUGAAGCAUUUUCCAAACGCUCUGAUUACGAUAUGUUCAGUUGGUUGGCUUCGAGGCAUCGGAAACAACCCAUACAUGUUGUUAUUCAACCAUCGGAUAAUGAAUUAGUCCCAAGACGGGGCACUGGAAGUAAUUUGCCAAUGGCUAUGAAGUAUCGGACUCUUAAAGAAACAUAUAAAGAUUAUGUGGGUGUAUUCCGUUCCCACAUUCACGGUCGAGGUCUCUUCUGUACGAAAGAUAUUGAAGCAGGGGAGAUGGUUAUCGAAUACGCUGGAGAACUUAUAAGAUCAACACUAACCGAUAAAAGAGAGCGAUAUUAUGACAGCAAAAAUAUUGGUUGCUACAUGUUUAAGAUCGAUGACAAUCUUGUUGUAGAUGCGACAAUGCGAGGAAAUGCAGCUCGAUUUAUUAAUCAUUCCUGCGAACCAAACUGUUAUUCAAAAGUGGUGGACAUUCUUGGCCACAAGCAUAUAAUCAUCUUUGCUUUGAGACGGAUCGUUCAAGGAGAAGAGUUGACAUAUGAUUACAAAUUUCCAUUCGAAGAGGAUAAGAUACCAUGCUCAUGUAGAUCAAGAAAAUGCAGAAAAUAUUUAAAUUAAGAAUAAAGUGAAAAAGGAAAAUGGAGAGUUGCGACAGAAGGAAAGUGUCUAAAGUACAUUUCUAAUGUUUUUAAUUUUUAGCAGUAUUUAUUGGAUUUUAUAUGUUAAUCUUUAUUUAUUAAGUACAGAAAUCACUUGAAAAUUAAUUGUAAAUACAUAGUAUUUAAUUAGAGAUAAUUAUUGUUUCAUUUUAAAA